AUGACGAGGCCCACCUCUCACGGCAAUCUACUUGAACACUCUGUCUCCAAGCAAUAUGCUGCAUUCUCUUGCGCAAAGACAGCCAGAUCAAAGAACACCAGCCAGCAGCCAAAGCAGAGCCAGCGCAGAGCUGAGAGGAUACCAGGCUUGAGGUGCAGAGCAGAGAAACAGCCAGAAGGGGACAGCCCUGACUUCAUAGAGCGCAUGGUGGGGGCAGUUUUUGGUAAAAAAGCUCUGGAGGCUGCAGAGCCCUUUGGGAUGAAGCGCAUGAGCGAUGAGGCCUACAAUGAGCAGUCUGUUGCAACCAUCACCGAGUUGGCAGCGCUUAUGGAGGGCGACUCGCCAGAGGUAGCACUGUUCAGGCCGCUGCUUGCCAAGACGCGGCUAGAAAGCAAGCCCCUUAGGUUGGCGUACUCGGCAGAUAGGGAUAGCUGGAGCGCAGGCGCCUUCCAUGCUGCUGUUGACACUUAUGGCGCUGCGGUGGUUUUGGGGAGGACGGCUGGAGGAGCAGUGUUUGGUGGCUACAACCCAAGAGGAUGGAUAGGCCUAGGGGAGGAUAGGAAUGCCAUGUCAGCCUUCCUCUUCACAUUCCCCUCAGGAGAUACGAGCAAGCCCGCCGAGAAGCUUGUCAAGGUGGGCGGGGCAGGGCUCGCGGUCAUAGACAAGGCGGAGGCAGGGCCGCAGUUUGGCGCGGAGGGUCUGACAAUCCCCUUGCAGCAGGGGCAGGAACGCGUUGGCAAGAGCCGGCUGGGCAGCUACUAUGCGCGCAGGGCGGACGGCGGCCGCACGCUUUUCGCUGCCGGCGAGGAGAAACGCGCGCAGCUGGUCGACCUCAAAGUAUUUGUGGCUGCUGGGGGCCCUGAGGAGUGGCAGCUGGAUGGGAUCGUGUGGAAGAGCUCGGGUUCAUGA